AAAUUAUUCAGGGUAAAAAUUUCAUUUUAUUUUCAACAAUCGAUUCGGAAUUUUCUAUCGUCAAAAAAGAAAAAAAUUCUCUCCGCGCAGACGAGGGAAAUUGCGCCAUUUACUGGUCAAGUGCAAUAUCCAAAUUGACUAAUUUAAGCUAUAUCUAAAUUUAAUUUUGAGCGUACACACGACCACAUAAACAUAUCCAACCAAAAUGGCCAAAAAGAAGGGUAAGAAGGGCAAGAAGGGCAAGAAGAAAGGUGGGGUCAGUUGCCCAAUCAAUAUCAAUGACGCAAUGCUGAGACCAAUGAUGCCAAGAGUUGUACCCGAUUGCGAGGAGUGCUGUCAGUGCCAAUGCGAUUGCGAUUGCAGUCCCGAGAUACAGCCAUGCUUUAUACAGCCGACGCGUCCGGAUCCGGGUCCCGAGGCCUAUGACGAGUUCGAGGCCUGUCUCAAUGGCAGCGGCCUGACAAUACGUGUUUUGAAGAAUACGCACAAAGUCCAGAGCGUUGACGAUGGCGCCGAUGCGAACCUUGGACCCGACGAUGAUCCCGUUUAUAGGUCCAACCUGGAGGACUGCUCAUCGAACAAGUGCCUCAACGAUAUGCUGCAGCGCAGCGACUUUGCUAGAAAGCACAUACAGCGACGCACCUGCGGCCGGAUUGUCAAUCAUCCCAACAUACCUAAGGUUCGCGCGAACAUCAAGUACUCGGGCAAUGAUACCUGCGAAACGGACAACUACUACGUGCCCUUCUCGAAGAUCAAGGAGGCUUGCGAAAAGGAAGAAGCCAAGGUCGAUUGUUAUCGAUCACAGGUGUGCGAUCAGCGGGAGGCCAAGGUCGAAUGCUAUCGCCGGCGUUUGUGCGGCGGCGGAGUACCCGUGAUUCCGGCGAUACCGCCAACGCAGAACCGCCGCAGCUGCUGCAUGCAGGUGGAGGCCAAGGACAUCAAGGACACCAUGAAGGGCGUCGAAUUGGACACCCGUAAGAAGGGCAUAGAGGUGUGUUAUAAAACGUGCGAGGAGACCGACAGCGAUGUGUUCCUCGUCAAGCUGGGCAGCAAAUCGAAGUCUCAGCACAAGAAGAACACCAUUGAGAUCGAGCUGCGGACACCAAAGCAGCCGAUGACAUUGCCCAUGAGCAAGGUGACAACGGAGACGUACGUGACCGAGGCGUUGCUGGACGCUAACAAGGGCAAGAAGCGCAAGGGCAAGAAGGGUAAGAAGGGUAAGAAGGGCAAGGGCAAGGGCAAGGGCAAAGGCAAGAAGAAGAAAUAGUGGAUAGAUAGUGAUUAUCGAAGGCACAAGCAGCAACCCAUCGUCAAAUCCUGGUAGACAUAUAUAUAUAUAGCAUAUAUAAGUCCAGGAAGCCUGCCCAGUUAUAUAUAAUAUUGCCAACCUUUACCCUAAGAAACACUGUUACACAACAUCUGGAUUCGAAAUUAUUUAUAGUUUUAGGUCAUUUAGCCAGCACCCGGAAUGAAGGAAUACAAUUGUCUAAUGAA